UUGAGCGCGAGGCACGUGUUUUACAGUUGCGUCUGAGGGUCGCGGAGGCUGAAAGGGCACGCUCACUGAGAGAGAUUUGCGAGCUGGAGUCGUAUGCAAGCUCUAUUGAGCAAGCGUUUGACGCGGGCUCCAGACUCAGCAGUUCGAAAAAUCUGUCUAGCGAUUGCCCGGAUCGCCGUCGCGGCCUUCCAUUCGAAAAAGGCACUAAACAAGAGGGCAGCAGAGAAAUGAGCAAAACACGGACCAGCAUAGGUCCUGGCAUGAACCUCAGGGACGCUGAGGAUAGCUCAGGGAGCAGACAGCAGGCAGCUUCUCAUGUAAUCGAGGCACCCGUGCGCAUCUGUGCUAAUAAAAGCACAUUGAAUAAAAAGGCACAAAUUCCGUCAGAAAGCCCGACAGGCUGGGCAACGGUGCGCAUGGACAAUGACCUCGAAGAGAACAAGAUCACCAAGGAGGUACGCAUGCGAACCUGUGCUAGUAAAAGCACAUCAGAUAAAGAGGCACAGAUACCUCUACAAAGCCCGACGGACUGGGCAAAAGUUCGCAUUGCCAAUGGCCUCGAAGAGUAUGAGGCGAGCAAUGAGACGCUCACCCACUCUUCCGGUGUGCCCCUUGCAGUGGUGACAAGUGGCCUCACGAAGUUUGAGGACCACCGAGACAACUCACCUCGAGAGAAGGUGAGCUUGAUUGUCUGCAUCCCGGAAGACCCGAUAGGUCCAAUUGCAAUGAACGUGAGUACCGAUGUACUCACCAAUGAGACGAAUCCAGAUAGCUCACCUCAAGAGGUGAUCUUGCCUCUCGGCUUCCAUGAAGGCCAAAUAGGCCAAGAUGCAAGGAUGAGUGCAGAUGCACUUGCUAAAGAGACUAGCACGAAAUCAAAGGAAGAGAUCUGUGACUUACAGUGCGAGUCACAUUGCCAGUCAGCACUAAGUGAUGACGUGCGCAUACUAGGCCUGGGUAAAUGCAGAUUGGGAAAGGCCCUGACAACGUCGCACGAUGAUUCCGCUAAACAACCCACUGGUGAGAGUCACAACGUAAUCUCGAGAAGGUCAGCACAUUGGCUAGGCAUGGUGACUUUUGAAUCAAUUCAGCACCUCAGUCAGAUUAUUCAGGGGCCCUCACGUAUGCAUUUCACGGGGUGUAGCAAAUUGGCUCCGGUGCUGUCAUGUCAAACGCAGAAGAGACGCGCUGUUCGUCCCAUAUGGGACGGAAUAACUUAAGAUGCCGAUCGAAUAGCCGAUUGCCAUAUCAGGAUUAGACCUUGGACCGAAACGUAUUUGUUGGACAACUUAGUUAUCAACUAUAAGUGCUCUAUUGACUAUUUUUUUUGUGAGUGUCAUGCUUUCUGCACCUCGUGAACAUUGUUAGGGACAUAGCUUUGGCUAUGCGCAGAACAUUUGCAUAAUAAUUUUUAUGCUGUGUAUGCUCAGCGAACUUUCCCGGCUGAACAGUGAACGCCCAAUGAGUGUUGUGUUUUAUGCAUAUGGGUGAAUUGUGCCGCGCACUAGCCACAGUUUUUCCUCUGGAAAAACUUUUCCUAAAAAGGGGCUCUUGUGAUGAGUAGUGCGCGACACAAUGC